AUGGCCAAUUAUAAUUGUCGCAUCCCCGCUCUCCCAUCAACUCUCCUAGCAGAAGGUGAUACUCAUUAUACCUCAUCAAAGCGGACCUAUUAUACGUACGAGCGAGGACCAAUCGUUGGCCAAAACACACCUUGGCUAGUAGAAACCUCUCCAGUUCUUGUCAAAAGGACGGCUCCUAAUUCUCCAACCUUUCGUGGCACAGCUUGCUCGCCUCGCAAUGUCAGCAAUCUACCUGGCCCAGUGUCAGCCUUACGUGCGCAUGUCAAUAAUUCACCUGUUCCAACCUCGUCCUCUCGCACUCGUCUGGAAAGUCAACCCCACGGCCCAACUUCAUCCUCACGUACUCGGGUAAACAAUACAAAAGGAGCCCCUUCACCAAACCGAGCUGGUCCACCGUUGCGUUCUCAUUACACGGCACAAACAACAGCUUCUGCUGCACGUAGGAUCAUCCCAACUCCGCCGGACUCAACUUUAUCCUCGCUUCGACGCAUCGAUAAUGCGAAAGACAGUGUCUACCAAAAACGACAUUUUCCACCCGACUUAACAGCUCAAGAUAUAGAGUUCCUAGAGUCUUCAGAGCCUUCUGCUAAAAAGUCUUCAGCUCCCGCUUCCUCGAAACGUAGCCAAUAUUGCAAUUUAUCAUAUUCAGCUUCGUCUCCAGACAUCAACAAGUUGUCAGUCUCGAAUGAAAACAUUCCCCCAGUUCCGUUCGCUCCAAGAAGUGAACUGCAUGAAAGAGUUUUGCACGGUCGUCGUGGAUCCGCGAACGCCAACAACUGCUAUCCUCAUCCGCUAUAUAGCAACCCUACCGUUGCUAGCUCAUCCUUGACAGCGUCUGCUUCCAGUACUGACAUCAGCCAACCGCGUUCUCGGAGCCAAAGAAAAACAGAGCGCGAAUCCUCAAGGAUACCAAGUCCCACGUUAGGGUCAGGAUCUAAGUCGAGACCCGCCAGCCGUCGUCAUCUCCAUUCCCCAAUGAGACGUGCUAUAGAGAAAGGGGAGGAAAGUCGGGCACGCAGAAGAUAUAUCUCGCCAGUUGAGGGACUGCCACAAAUUCAUACAGGUAGAACAUCUCCUCCGGAACCUUACCACAUCGCUUAUAAAAUGCCAGAAAUUACCCCGGAGCAAAAAGUAGAAUCUGCUUCUUUUCCCAAGUCAAAGACAUUUGGCGUCUUCUCUACACUCAAGAACUCAUCUUCUAUUCAGUGGCUCAAUAGCAAUCGGUCAACUUCGAAUCCAAUUCGUGCUGCCGAAGCCACUAUUUCAACAACAAAAUACUCUCCUAUCCCAGAAUUUACUACAAAUACUCUCCAAGUUCAUACCGCCCAACCUUCUGCUUAUUGGUGCGGUAGAUUUCAAGCUGUCUCCGACAGAUAUCAGAGUGAUGAUUUUCAUGUUUGUGUUAUUAAUCCUCUUCCCGUUCCACGAGACAGCGAUGUCAAACGAGAAAAGCCAUCGGCUCACUAUAGGCGUGGUGGUAAGAGCCUUCUAGGGACUAGUUCCUCAUCUAGGUCUGAUUCACCUGCCCCACUCCUAGAAAAAUCCCUCAAGAAGACCCAAGCAAAAUCUUACAAGACUGUUCUCACCUUUUCAACUCCAGCACUCUUUCUUGAAGAUUUUGACAAAAGAGCUCAGAAAGUUAUGAUAUUCCUUGCAUCAUUGUGCUGUACAAGCCCAGCCAAGAAAAGUCUUCGGGAAUGGCAAAUUCAAUAUGCCACCGCAUUGAAGAAUAAAGCUCUGAUGCCUAAAAGUGAUCCUGAUGAUAAGGGAUUCUUUGGAAGAAUGGGAAGAGUCAUUAGUGAUGGUGUUACUGGAAACAAAGGUGCCACUAAUGGGCGAGGAACUGGAAUGGGAAAGCGAAGUGCUUUCGGUCUCAGGAGAGGUGGUAGAAGUGUUGGAGGGGACCACUAA